AUGGCGUGCAUAGAUACCAUAAGGUGCCCCUCUUCUCUAUCGAGCUGGGUGGGGGACGUCAGUGGUGGUUUUGAUGCCCCCCAUACCGCCAACGUGUCUUACAACACAGAGGGCAGCGGUGUGGGGUCCCUGGUAGAGCCCCCUGUAGCGGAGCAAAAGGAUGGCAACUCGAAUGGAUUUGCAGUGUCUGAAAGCGAGCUGUUGGCUGUAGCUGGUCGCGGGAAAGGAGCGCGCCUGCGCUUCAGCUUCCAGCUAUGCGAGCAGACGGCGGUAGUGUGGGAAGCAGUGCUGUUCAAGCGCUGCCUCUACCUCCAGCCCGGCGACUCGCUCCCUGAUGGCAGCAAAGAGGCUUUUGUCGCCCUACUCGAGUUCACCGAAGUGCAUCUGCAAUGCCGCAACAUAAUCGUCUGCUUGAACAAGCAGGCUCGCAAUAGAGCCUGCUUAGUUCGGACGUUCAUGUUCCUGGGAUUUGCUGUGGUGCCUCCCGGUCAUCCGUUGGCUCCUAAGGGCGAAUACCUUUCCCUUCUCUACUCCUUAGACGAGGAUGACGAAGAUAAUGACGAGGAAGAUGAAGGCUUUGAUGCUCUCGGCUAGGCUGUAACAAACGACACUCAACGAUCUGAACUACGACUUGUAGCACUUUGCCACUUGAUAUCCGGAUUUCCAUUUCCAGUUUGUAGUAUUGGUUCAACAGAUGAAUAGUGCGAAAAGAUAUUGUACUCAAUACUUGCUAAAAUAGUUACUCGUACUUGCUCUUUCAUAUAGUUUAUUUUAAAUUUCUGAAAUGACGCCAAGUCUAAAUUCAUUGUUGGGUUGUCUUGCUAAAUUUAACUUGUGGACCGUAGCUAAAUAGUGACGGUGUUCGCGUCAAUACAGUCUAGCAUAUCACUUAAAGCUUGAUUUUGAUGGUACUUUCUACAUUGAAGACAAAGUUUUCACAGCCUGCAAGAUGUUUCAGACGUUGUUAGUCGUCGUUGUUAUCGCAAGCCCCUCGCUUUAUGGUUCGUCGCAACAGUAGAGUUGGCGACAGUUUUUCUCUUCGGAUCCAUAGGGACGGUUUUGUCGUCCUAACGCUCAGCUACAGCGUUUAUGUUGCUCUCAUGAGACUCCACUCCUCUCCUUCUAUUUCUUCUUUCUAUCUGUAGUUUAUAGUGCUCACAGCUUCGUAUUCGUACACAUUUUAUUUGUGCUCUGCAAUGAACUUUGUGAUUGUCUAACAAGCUUCUAAUCCUCGACAUAAAUUUAUGUAGGGAGUAAAUCUUUUUCAAAUUUAAUCGUAUUGUUACACGGAUAAAUUUCUCGACUUGCCUGGACUUUCGGACUUCAUGUAUAUUAUUCGACUUGAGUUUCAUAGGAUUUAUUCCUGUAGAUGCGAUUCAGAUUUCAUCUGUCGGUCUGUUCCUUUGUUACCUUACCAGUCCAAGUAUAUUAUAGAGGAAA